AUGGCGCUUUGGCCAAGGCAAUCCCGGGAAAACAAAUUUGUUUUUGAACGAGACCUCCUAGAUUUCCAAACGAACCCCCGGAUUUUUAGGGCCUUGCAGCGAUCCUUAUUUUGUGCACUCCCGUGUGACCUUGUAGGGAAAUGUGCGACUGCUGGCGGCUUCGAAGAGUGGCCCAAGCCGGAAGGGCCGAAAGGUUUGUUCACCGUCGCGGUUGCAAGUCGCGGUCGCGCUCAGUUCGCGCUCGCUCCGUUUGCUCCACCUUCACCCUCACUUGAACCUCAUCUCUUGCGCUCGAACCCGCUCCAAGACACCCUCUCUCUUCCCGAUUGA